UUUUCUUAAAUGGAAGUUUGGGAUGACCGGGCAGCUAAAUUUUCUCCAUUUCUAUCAAGAUCAAGUUAGAAAAGUCGAGCCCAAAUUUCUUGGCCGUAUGUCUGAUAUAAUCGAUGGCUGCAAUUUUAAAACUAUCCCUAUUCUACCUCACUUCAAUUUUUGCUUUUCUCCAUUUACUUCACAACCAAAUUUCACAACAAUUACUAAUAACCCAUGACAAUCACAAAGUUCGCCUCAAGAAAAACCCAGAUCUCCCUCUUCGGUUUCGUCACGAUGGUGCUUUCAAAAUCCUCCAGGUCGCUGAUAUGCAUUAUGGAAUGGGGAUGAUAACUCGGUGCAGAGAUGUGAUGAGCUGUGAGUUCGAGUUCUGUUCUGAUCUCAACACCACUCGCUUUCUUAGGAGGAUGAUUGAAGAUGAGAAGCCGAAUUUCAUCGCCUUUACUGGUGAUAACAUAUUUGGAACAAGCACAACUGAUGCUGCUGAAUCCCUGAUCAAAGCCUUUGGUCCUGCUAUGGAAUCUGGCCUUCCAUGGGCAGCAGUUUUAGGAAACCAUGACCAAGAAUCUACAAUGAACCGUGAAGAAUUGAUGUACUUUAUCUCCCUUAUGGAUUAUUCAGUAGCUCAAACUAACCAUGCCAAAGUAAGCAUGACAGAAAAUAUUGAUGGCUUUGGGAAUUAUGACUUGAAUGUAUACGGUCCUCUAGGUUCCCAUUUGGCAAACAGCAGCCUUCUCAAUCUUUUUUUCCUCGACAGUGGGGACAGAGAAAUUGUUCAAGGAGUUCGAACUUAUGGUUGGAUUAAGGAAUCUCAACUUCGUUGGCUUCAUAGAGUUUCUGAGGGAUUGCAGGGCCAAAAUCAGGAUCCCAAUCACUUGCCAGGAGGUCGGCCCCCAGCUUUGGCUUUUUUCCAUAUUCCAAUCCCGGAAGUUCGACAGCUGUACUAUCAAAAGAUAAUAGGCCAAUUUCAGGAGGCUGUGGCUUGUUCAAUAGUAAAUGCAGGAGCGCUAAAAACUUUUGUAUCCAUGGGAGAUGUGAAGGCUGUCUUCAUAGGCCAUGACCACAACAAUGACUUCUGUGGGAAUGUUGAUGGUAUUUGGUUAUGUUAUGGUGGAGGCUUUGGAUACCAUGGGUAUGGAAGGGCUGGAUGGCCCAGAAGAGCAAGAGUUAUAUUAGCAGAACUUGGGAAGGGUGAGAAUUCCUGGAUGGGAGUGCAAAGGAUCAAGACAUGGAAACGUCUUGAUGAUGAGAAGCUGAGCAAGAUUGAUGAACAAGUUCUAUGGCAAACAUAGCCAGCAAGAUAACUGACUCCAGGCAGAAUGAGCUUUGGCCAUGUCUUUUGAUACACAAUCUCAUGGUGGCAAGUUGUUGGCAUUUCAAAAGUGAGAAGUAUGCACCCUUUUCUCCCCGAGCAAGUAGCUCAUUGUGAGAUCCCUCUUCAAUGAUCCUCCCAUUUUCAAUUACUGUUAUUUUAUCUGAUUUUUGAACGGUGGAUAGUCUGUGAGCCACAACCAGGCAUGUCCUGCCGAGCAUAGUCUUCUCCAGAGCAUCUUGAACAAGACUUUCAGAAUUAAUGUCCAGUGCACUUGUUGCCUCAUCCAAAAGCAAUAUAGCUGGAUUCUUCAAGAUGGCUCUUGCUAGUGCUAUCCUUUGCUUUUGACCUCCUGAGGGCAUCUCCAACCCACGCCAAAAUGGCGUAAAAAACACCAAAUUGGCGUGGGUUGGUGCUCCAACCCACGCCAAAAUGGCGCAUCACUGUAGCG